CCCAAAAAUAAGCACCAUCUCGUCAUUACUAGGCUGCCCGAGCCCAAAACAGUCCCCAAAAUUCCUUCGAGGCAAGAAGUUCACAAGUAUCCUAAUCCUAAAGGGUUCCAAUGCUUCAAGUGCCAAGGUUGGGGGCAUAAAGCCAAAGAAUGCCCUAACCGACGCAAUGUAAUCCUAAGGGAAGGUAGAUUGUAUUUCCUUGGUGAAGAAGUGGGUGUUGAAAGAGAGGAAAAUAAGGCCGAGCCUCAAGAUGGAGAGGAAACGGAGGGUGAGCCACAUGAUCAUGAUGAUGGGGAAGAUGUUUAUCCGCAAGAAGGAGAGUGUGUUCUUCUGAACUUUGUAGUGAGGCGUGCCAUGAUUAGUAAGGCAAUAGAUGACCCUAGCCAAAGGGAGAAUCUAUUCCAUACUAAGUGCCUUGUGAAGGGUAGUGUGUGCACUUUGGUGAUAGAUAGUGGUAGUUGUGCAAAUAUUGUUAGUGUUGCUAUGGUGAACUUCUUGAAAUUGCCCACUACACUUCAUACUAGCCCUUAUAAGUUGCAAUGGUUAAAUGAAUGUGGUGAAUUGAAAGUCAUGAGGCAAUGUGUGAUACGGUUUAAGGUAGGAAACUACCAUGACGAAGUGCUUUGUGACGUAAUACCAAUGCAAGCGUGUCACUUGUUGUUAGGUAGACCUUGGCAAUAUGAUAGGUCUACCAAACAUGAUGGGAGGUCUAAUCGAUAUACACUUGAGAAGGAUGGCCGAAAGGUCACACUUCAUCCACUUUUGCCUUCACAAGUGAAUGAGUUGCAUCAAAGGAUGAAAGAAUUGAAAGAAAAGGGGAAGAAAUACGAAAAUAAAGAAAAGAAGGGGGAACCGGUAGGAGGGGUAGUGGGGGUAUCCGGGGCUGCCUCAAUAUCAAAUGGAAAAGAAACUAUGGUGAUGUUGGUUAGAAAGAAGAAGCUCUUCGUGGAUCAUGAUGAGGACACACCCAUGCUUCUUUUGGCACAUUGUUUUAACACUAACCUCACUAAUUCUUCUAUUUCUCCUUUGAUUUCCCGUGUUGCAGGAUUAUGA